AUGGCAGACCAACACGAUGUUGAUCUGGACUCCAUCAUCGAUCGUCUCCUGGAGGUCCGUGGCAGCCGCCCGGGUAAGCAGGUCCAGCUGCUAGAGACGGAAAUCAGGUACUUGUGCACAAAGGCCAGAGAGAUCUUCAUUAGCCAGCCUAUUCUGCUUGAGCUGGAGGCUCCCAUCAAGAUCUGUGGUGAUAUCCACGGCCAGUACUACGAUCUUUUGCGACUAUUCGAGUAUGGAGGCUUCCCUCCUGAGGCCAACUACCUCUUCCUUGGUGACUACGUCGACCGUGGCAAGCAAUCUCUCGAGACAAUCUGCCUGCUAUUAGCCUACAAGAUCAAGUACCCCGAGAACUUUUUCGUUCUGCGUGGAAACCACGAGUGUGCUUCUAUCAACCGUAUCUACGGCUUCUACGAUGAGUGCAAGCGUCGUUACAACAUUAAGCUGUGGAAGACUUUCACCGACUGCUUCAACUGCCUGCCCAUUGCCGCCAUUAUUGACGAGAAGAUCUUCACCAUGCACGGUGGUCUGAGUCCGGAUCUGAACUCUAUGGAGCAGAUUCGCCGCGUCAUGCGUCCUACCGAUAUCCCGGAUUGCGGAUUGCUCUGUGAUCUCCUGUGGUCCGAUCCUGACAAGGACAUUACUGGCUGGUCUGAGAACGACCGUGGUGUAUCAUUCACCUUUGGACCCGAUGUCGUCUCACGGUUCCUGCAGAAGCACGACAUGGACCUGAUCUGCCGUGCUCACCAGGUAGUCGAGGAUGGAUACGAGUUCUUCUCCAAGCGACAGCUGGUUACCCUCUUCAGCGCUCCCAACUACUGCGGCGAAUUCGACAAUGCCGGCGCCAUGAUGAGUGUCGACGAGAGCUUACUCUGUUCCUUCCAGAUCCUCAAACCAGCUGAGAAGAAGCAAAAGUACGUUCGUCGCGGCCUUGCAGCCAACGGCUCCGCAACCCCCAGAAAGCAAUCCAAACCUUGA